AUUCAAAAGAGAUAAAAAACACAAAAUUUUUAAUCAAAAUCGUCGAAUAAAAAAUUAAAAUAUUAAUAAAAUGUCUUAUAAUUACGACGAUCUGAGUUGGUCAGAUGUUCGAGACCUUUUUCGUAAAUGGCGUGAUGAAAACGAAAGAAAAAGUGACGAUGUCAUCCAAUUAUGGGAAGCAAUCCUCGCGGAAAAGGUACAAAAGCUCGGAAAUGAGCGACAUUUGGUAUUGGAGCAAGUUUUCAUUGCGGCUCUCGAUUGCGGGCGCAUUGAAGUAGCUGAAGAUUGCGUGUGUACAUUACAAGCUGAGUUUCAGGGAAGUCUUCGGGUGCAAAAAUACAAAGCCAUGUUGCUCGAAGCCCUCGAACGAUACGACGAUGCGUUAGAUGUAUUGGAAAAUAUUAUCAAGAAAGACGAGACAAAUGCAGCGCCUCGCAAACGAAAAGUAGCAAUUUUGAAAGCAAGAGGCAAAAAUGCCGAAGCUAUCAAGGAAUUGUGUGACUAUUUGAAAAAAUUUAUGUCAGAUCAAGAAGCAUGGCAUGAACUUUGCAACUUGUACUUGUGCGAAGGCGAAUAUCAAAAAGCAGCAUUUUGCAUGGAAGAACUUUUGUUACACAAUCCGCAUAACCAUCUAAUUAAUCAGCGUCUCGCCGAGAUUCGAUACACGAUGGGCGGAAUUGAGAAUUAUGAAAUUGCUCGUUCCUAUUAUUCGCAAGCCGUGAAACUCAAUUCUAAUAAUCUACGAGCAUUAUAUGGAUUGUAUUUGUGUUGCGGACACAUAAUGAACUCAAAAGCGACAAUAACAAAGCGGAAAGAAGCGCAACGCAUGAGCGAAUGGGCUUUGGCAAAAAUCUCUGAAAUCACAGAAUCAAGCAAAAAAGACGGCAAAAAGAGUCCCAAUAUCACGGCAUUGGAAAACGCCUUUGGCUCGAUAGAUCUCAAUAAAGCAGCAACAGCAAAUUGAUCCGAAAUGACUAAAUUUAUAAAUAUUGACUGAUGUUGCCUUGAUGAUUUUGUGUGAAAUCUUCAAAACUUCAAUAUAAUUCAAUAACAUUACCUUUUUACAUUUAUGCAUUUCAACAUGGUUUUAGAUAGAACAAAGAAAA